UGAGUGUGCGAGCACCGACUCCGGCCCCAUCAGGAGAAGGGGGUGUUUUCCCUCCGCCUUCCCUUCGCCCUCCCCCGGCCCGGCGCGGGGCGGCGCGGGGGGAGCGGAGCGGAGCGGGGCGGGCGGCCGCAGCCCCGCAGCCCGCCGGAGCUCCGGCACCCGCUCCGGAGCCCAGGGAGAGCAGGGAUAAAGGGAAGCUUCCCCGCCGCCGCCAAGCAGUCCUUUUCUCCUGGCGGGGCUUUGCUCCUUUUCUUUCUUUUAUUCUUUUUUUUCUUCCUUUUUUUUAUUUCCCUUUUUCUUCUUCGUCUUCUUCGUUGUUUUUUUUUGGUUUUUUUAAAUAUUUUUGAAACUCCUCGCCGGGAAAAGCAAAACCGAAAAGGCUUCCCCGCAACCUCGCCCCCCUGCAGAAAGGCUCCCAACCAACCAAGAACAAGAAGCAGAGAGCAAAAGAGGCCCCCCUAAAAAAAAAAAAAAAAAAAAAAAAACCAAAAAAUUAAAAUAAGGAAAAGAAAAAAAAGAGAGCGCUGGAGACCAGCUCCAUCCAGGAUUUUAUCCAGUGCAUUGAGGGGCUUUUUUUUGUUUGUUUUUUGUUUUUUUUUUUAGUCUAUUUUUUUUUUCCUUCUUACCCCCUCCUCCUUUCUUUCACCCCCCGCCCCUCUGUCCCCCCCUUCUCCUCCUACUCACCCCCCUUUUUUCCUUUUCAUUUUAUUUUGGAUCCUGCUAAAAUUAGCCGGGACUGCUCUGGGUGUUGCGUGUCAAUUUGAUUUACUCCGGGAUUCCGGCUUUCCAAGACGCCAUUUUCCCCCCUUUCUCGCUCUAUCUCCUUCUAUUUAUCCCUCUCUAUCUAUCUUUUAUCUCUCGAGCUGUCUCUCCGUCUGUCUGUCCGUCCAUCUCCCUCUCCCCGGUGCCUUCCUCCUCCCCCCUCCCUCCUCCCUCUGCGCUCUGCGUGCGCUGCGCGGCCGGGCGCUCCCCUCAUCCCCAUCUGACAGAUGAACACCGCCAUGGGUUUGCCGCAACACAAGCAAAAGCACCUUUGGGGGCUGUGGCGAGGGAUUGAAACCGGGAUCUAAAAGAGAAGACACAAGAAGGGGGGAAAUCCGAGGAGGAGGAGGAGGAGGAGGAGGAGGAAGAACGAAGAAGAAGAGGAAGCUGCUAAGAAGCCCCCGCUGCCGUUUUGGGGAUAUGGUGGCACAUUUGGUCUCUUCUGAGCAUCUUGCAGCCUCCGGGUGACCGGGACAUUGAAUUUGCUGGACAGUUGCCAUUCGCUCCCUGGAAUCAUAUCUGCCCUUGCUUCCCUCCCCUUCCUUACUCCCCUUCCCUCCAACCAAACUCCAGGGUGUUGUGAUAUUGCCAUGGAGCCCAGAGAGACUUUGAGCAGCUCCCGGCAAAGGGGAGGUGAGGCAGACUUUCUGCCAGCUGCCGUCACCUCCACAAAGCCUUCGCCUGUCUCGGGCUGUGCAGGGGAGACGAUGAUGUCUUCGUCAGGCACGGGGAAAGGGAUCCCAGUGAGCAGCGAGAGGCUGGAGCCUGAGGAAGAGGAUGAACUGGGUUCUGGAAGAGACGUGGAUUCCACUUCCAAUGCAGACAGUGAAAAAUGGGUGGCGGGAGAUGGCCUGGAGGAGCAGGAGUUUUCCAUCAAGGAGGCUAACUUCACGGAGGGGAGUUUAAAACUAAAGAUCCAGACCACCAAGAGAGCGAAGAAGCCCCCAAAGAACUUGGAGAACUAUAUUUGCCCUCCCGAGAUCAAAAUCACUAUCAAGCAGUCUGGGGAGCAGAAACUUUCCAGAACUGGGAAAAAUAGCAAAACAACUAAAGAGGAGGACAGAUCACACUCCAAAAAGAAGGGAAAAGUCAUUGGAGAUGCAAAACUGCUUAUGAGUUGUGGUUGCAGAAAAGGGAAAAAUUCUCAAGUGAAAGACUCAGAUCAGAGUCAGAUGAAGAAUUUGGGAAGAGAGUGUGGGUUCCCUGUGCAGAGUCCAGUGACAAAAUCUGUGAACAAGGUUUAUGACAGGCCACAAAAACAUUCUUCUCUGCACUAUGAUCCAGGCCUCCAACAAGACUUCACCAGUGACACCUUAAAAUCAAAACACCAGCAGAAAAGUAGCAACCAGCACCACAUUGACUGGUCAGCAAGCUCCGACACGGGACCUGCUUCUCAGAGUUGCUUCAGCAACGCAGAGCCCAGUAAAGAAGCAAUUAGUGCCACCAAGGUCUCUGCUCUGGAUCCAGGAGUUUCCUACAGCAAAUCCCAGGCCAAGAAGUCCUGCAGCAGCAGCAGCAGCACAUGGGGGCAGCUGUCGGUCAGUAGUAAAGAGCUGGCAAUUUGCAGCACAGUCCCGUCACCCAACGGCAUCAUCACAGCCGCCCAUCCGAGCAGUGCCUCCAAGUGCAAUGGGCUUUUGCCUCUUGGAGACCAAGAGGGAGCUGUGCAGCUGGAGGGCCCCGAUCAGCCUGCUGGAAGUACAAAGAAGAAGUCCAGCAAAAAAGACUUGAUGAGCCAGACCAACCAAACCACAGAUAUGGAGUGGGUAAAGAGUGCUCAGAAAGCAUUUGACAGCAAAUCCCAUGACAGCAUGGAAGGGAAAAAGGAGUCUUACUCAAUGGACACCAUGUUGGAUAUGUCACCCUCAAAGCAGAAUCUCGUUUCUGCUGGCACUUGUGAAAGUGACACCAAUCAUGUAAGAAUUACUAUCCCAAUAAAGUCUCCAACAACAGAUGCAUCUGGCCACAAAAGGAAAAAGAGGCAAUCCAUUAAAUCCACCACAGAGAAAACUAUCCAGGAAAAAAGCCUACCUUCCGUGCUUGCUUUGAGCAGUGAAAUGGCAAACAGGACCAGUUCUCAACCAGAGGGGAGUAAAAAAGAUGUUCGCGCCACAAAGCCAGGGAAAGUGAUUGAAAAUGAGUCCCCCCCAGUAGCAAUUGACAGUGGUGUGUUCACAGACAAAGCUUCUCCCAACAGUGCUGCCCGACCCAGAAAACCUCUACCUGUGACAUCCAGUCUCCUACCCACCAGUCUUUCCACAGCUGGUAAAUUACCUGACAUCCAGCACCCCAAACAUGCACCUAAGCGUAGGUGGACCUGCAGCAAACCUAAAUCUAUUCUUCGGGAGACCUCCCUGACAACGUCUGAGAAGCUGAUGGUGGAGCCUCCUUCAGCCUAUCCCAUCACACCAUCCAGCCCUCUUUAUACCAAUACAGACAGUCUUACUGUGAUCACACCUGUCAAGAAAAAACGAGGACGACCAAAGAAACAGCCUUUGCUCACUGUAGAAACCAUUCAUGAGGGGACCUCCACCAGCCCAGUGAGCCCAAUCAAUCAUGAAUUUCCAGGAACAAAGAAAAGGAAGAGGAGAAGGAAUCUGGCCAAGUUUGCCCAGAUGGUUCCAGGAGAGGACAAGUCCAUCAGUGAACUCAAAUUUCACAAAAAGGUAGGGAAACUUGGUGUCUUGGAUAAGAAGACCAUCAAGACCAUUAAUAAAAUGAAAACCCUCAAGAGGAAGAAUAUUCUCAAUCAGAUCUUGUCCUCCUGCUCCAGCAGCAUAGCUCUGAAAGCAAAAGUCCAGCCACCAUCUAGUGCUGGGCCAACAACCAUUGAUGCCAGGCUAGGGAAGCAGAUCAAUGUCAGCAAGAGGGGGACUAUCUACAUUGGUAAAAAACGGGGCAGAAAGCCAAGGGCAGAGCUGCAGCCUCAACCGGAAGAACCUAAGACAGCCAUCAAGCACUCAAGGCCUGUUUCCAGCCAGCCAGAAAACCCAGCAGUGCCUUCCAACCUGCAGUCACUUGUGGCAUCGUCACCAGCAGCUAUUCAUCCGCUUUCAACACAGUUAGUGGGGAUCAAUGGCAACCUCAGCCCUGCAAGCACUGAAACUAAUUUUUCAGAGUUAAAAACUAUGCCAAAUCUUCAACCUAUCAGUGCUCUUCCUACAAAAACCCAGAAAGGAAUGCACAGUGGAACUUGGAAGCUGUCUCCACCCAGGCUAAUGGCUAAUUCACCUUCUCACCUCUGUGAAAUAGGUUCUCUGAAAGAAGUCACGCUGUCUCCAGUGAGCGAGUCUCACAGCGAGGAAACCAUUCCAAGUGACAGUGGGAUAGGUACAGACAACAACAGUACCUCUGACCAAGCCGAGAAAAGCUCAGAAUCCCGCCGGAGAUACUCCUUCGAUUUCUGCACCCUGGACAAUCCAGAGGCUAUCCCAUCUGACACCAGCACAAAGAACAGGCAUGGUCACCGGCAGAAGCAUCUCAUUGUGGAUAACUUUCUCUCUCAUGAAAGUAUUAAAAAGCCAAAGCACAAGAGGAAAAGGAAAAGCCUGCAGAACAGAGAUGACCUCCAGUUUCUGGCAGACCUUGAGGAACUCAUCAAUAAGUUUCAAGUGUUCAGGAUUUCCCAUAGAAGUUAUACAUUUUAUCAUGAAAAUCCAUAUCCCAGCAUCUUCAGGAUUAAUUUUGAUCACUACUACCCUGUGCCAUAUAUCCAGUAUGACCCAUUGCUCUAUCUUCGCAGGACCUCUGAUAUGAAGUCUAAGAAGAAGCGUGGUAGACCUGCCAAAACCAAUGACACCAUGACAAAGGUGCCUUUUUUACAAGGGUUCGGUUACCCUAUUCCCAGUGGGAGUUACUAUGCACCCUAUGGAAUGCCUUACACAUCAAUGCCUAUGAUGAAUCUUGGUUACUAUGGUCAGUAUCCAGCUCCUUUGUACCUGUCUCACACGCUUGGAGCGGCUUCCCCAUUUAUGAGACCUACUGUGCCCCCACCCCAAUUCCAUGCAAGCUCUCAUAUGAAGAUGUCCACCACUGCCAAACACAAAGCAAAACAUGGAGUGCACCUACAAAACCCUGUGGGAAUGGGCCUUGGAGACAUGCAGUCCUCUUUGGCUCCUCCUAAGGUUGGAGGAACAAGCCUUUCAAGUGGCCGACUUCACAAAAGGAAACACAAACAUAAGCACAAGCAUAAGGAUGAGCGGAUAUUGGGGACUCAUGAAGAUCUAAGUGGUCUCUUUGCUAGCAAGUCCACUGGCUUCUCCAGCCACGCCAUCAGUGAGAGGCUGAGUGGCUCAGACAAGGACCUGUCCUUGCUCAAUGAGAACAGCAAGCAUAAGGAGAAGCAGAAGCACCAGCAUUGUGAAACCGGGCACAAAGGCUCAAAGAGUAACUUUGAAGUGGAUACGCUGUCUACACUAUCACUUUCUGAUGCCCAGCAGUGGUCACAGAGUAAAGAUAAAAGUGACUCAAGCAGUGAUCCCAUUGACUCUUGCACAAAGAGAUACUCUGGUAAUACUGAGAGUAAUGGAAGGUCAGAGUCCCUGGAUAUGUUUGGUGAAAUAAAUUCCUCAAGUGAGAAGCGGGACAAUGAUGCAAGUGGGAAUAAAAGAAGAAGCUUUGAAGGCUUUGGAACUUACAGGGAAAAGGACAUUCAGCCCUUCAAGACAAAUAGGAAGGACAGAAGUACUUUUGAUUCUUCAGCCUCUUCAGGAAUUGCAGGUCCCCACUUAAAAGCAGAUCAGACUUCACUUCAUGGUAAAAUGGAAAGUUCUGCCUGUAAUGUGAUGACUAGAAGGAAACCAGCAGCUGUUGACAGUGUUGCAAUGCCAAGUCCAGUAUUAUCUCUCCUACCUUCAUCAUCAGCAACAUCUGAAGCAGCCAGCUCACCACUGAAGAAAAGAUUCAAGCGCCGUGAAAUUGAAGCAAUCCAGUGCGAGGUGCGCAAGAUGUGCAACUACACCAAGAUCCUGUCCACAAAGAAGAACCUGGAUCAUGUGAACAAGAUCCUGAAAGCCAAGAGGCUGCAGAGACAAUCAAAGACAGGCAAUAACUUUGUGAAGAAGAGGAGGGGACGUCCUCGGAAGCAACCCCUUUCUUUUGACGAAGACUCCAGAGACCAAAUGCCCGUUCUGGAAAAAUGUGUUGACCUUCCAAGCAAAAGAGGUCAGAGACCAACACUCAACCCGUUAAUACUGGAGCAAGCAGCCACUCAAGAUACAAUCAUGGCCACCAUCGAGGCUGUCAUACACAUGGCUCGAGAGACACCACCGCUGCCGCCUCCUCUGCCUCCUCCACCCCCUCCACUCCCUCUCCCUCUACCCCGGGCGCCCCGGGUUGGAAAAAGGAAAAACAAGUCCCCGCAGGAGGAAGAGGAGGACGUGAAAGUGAAGCGGCACCGGAAAGGCAGAGGGAGCGAAAGUGAAGGCCUUCCCUAAGGCCAGUGCACCUCGUCAGAUGUUGGGUGCCCACAGUAGAGCACGCCAUGACUGGGGGACAGGAGGUGCACAGUCCGCCUCACCCCUUUGGCAGCACCAGACUGACCUGUCCCUUCAGCAGCCAGAACUCAUUGCAGAGAGCUGUGCCAGCUGGGACACGCAUCUUUCCUCUUCAUCGCUUUGACCCAAGCCCCCCCCAAGGAAAGAGGGGGAAAAGGCGCGGGAAAAGUGGGGGAUACAGGGGAGGAGGAUGUGUGUCAAAGCUGGAAAAAGCAUGAACUCUGCCGAGUUUCCAAAACUAAUCUGAAUCUCAGCAUUGCUGUUCUCAUACCGUACCCAGAGGCUGGAAGUCAUCCUCGCAGAUAGCUGAAUGUUGUCACUAAGGGUGCAUGCUCGACUCUGAUUCUGUUUGGUGGGCCAGGUGAAACUAAGAGUAACUUUACCAUAGUAUAAAUCACUGUAAAAAAAAAAAAAAAAAAAAGGAAAAAGAAAAAAAAAAGGAAACAAAGAAACAAAGAGAGAAACAAAGAAGGAAAAAACCCAACAAAAAAUAAUGUAAUUUUCUCAACUGUGAUAUUGGUUAUAACCUAUUUGAUUUCUUUUCCAGUUUUAUAUACCUACCAGGCUUUGGGACAGCAUAAGCCAAAAUGCCUGGCUCCUGCUAGAACUAUAUAUUUCUUUCUCAUUUACUUGCCUAGUUACAACUAGCUGCAAUAUAGGCAAUAGAAAAUUAGAGCCUUACACGCGUGCACAUUCAUUCCGAGUGCUAUCCCAAGAAACUAUGGAAUAUUACACCAUUUCAAAUAAGGUAUACACAGAUAUUCGGUACAAUAGCACGUUUAUAUGAAGCAACUUGGCAAUGGCAUGUGAAAAAGGGGUCAUCCAUCAGCCAAGUUGUUUUGAUGCUCAGUACAUGAGUAGAGAACAGCAAGACACUUCUGGGGAAUAGUUAUAGUAAACAUGGAAAAAAGUCACCAAAAAAAAAGAAUAUAAAAAAGAUAAAAGGAAAAAAAUAGGACAGGAAAACAAUAGAAUAAAAAUCAGGACCCAAAUCUACUAAGUUUUUACCAUCUGCAAUUCCCAGUGAAAUUAAUGGGAAAAUCAGAAUAUUAAUAAUUUGCUUUGGGUAGCAAUGCCUUGAUAUUAUCUUUUAAAGAAAAUAGGUAAAAUAGAUUGUUUUUAAAAACUAUAGAACAAACCCUAUGGAUAAUAGAUCCUUUCUUGGCAAUUAUUUCUGAAAAAAAAAAAAAAGAAAAGGAAUAAGUGUUCUUAUCUGAAAAUAGAAAUAAAAAUGUUCAAAGGGUAUCACCACUGCAGUUGUAUUAAUGCCACUUUGGACAUGUUCUCCAAGUUGUGGUUGCCUUAAUAAAUAAAAAAUAAUUUUUUUUUUGUACAUAAUGUAAUUAUAAAGCUCUCAGUCUGCAUGGAUGCAAACCGUGUGUGACAAAUCGUCUCUUUAAAUGGUCAGUUCAAAUUGUACAUUUCUCAUUCAAGUUGUCCGUUAGCCAUUGAUUAAACUUUGGUAAAAUACCCAAGCUCCAUAUCCACAGCCCAAUUAAAAAGUUUUGCUAAAAAAAAAAAAAGACUGAACAAAAAGCUGUUCCAUUGCAGUGUCAAUGCUUUUAAAAAAGAAAGUAAAUUGUUGAAAUUUGAAAUAGGUACUUCCAACUUUAUUUCCUUUCUUUUAAAAUCCUGCGGUGCACUUAACACCUAGCACGGCAAGAUGGAUACUAAAAUGGGAACAGGGAGGGAAGAUUCAACCAAGGGAGGGGGAAUUGGAAUUACUUAAUGGUUGACAAGCCAAAUGCUAUUCCCUUUUUCGAGAAAUCUUGAAUUGGUUUAUUGCCAAGGAAGCUUCAUAUAGCACGACACUAAAAAAAAAAAAAAAAAAAAAAAAAAAAAAAAAAAAAACCCAAAAAAAAACCCCACCAAAAAAACAAAAAAAAAAAAAAAAAAACAAACCAAACAAAAUGUCCCCACAAAAAAAUAUUGUGUUUCUAUUCUGUUAUUUAUUUACAAAAAUCAUAUCAAGACUAUGGUGUUAGAGGAACACUGUAAACAUACAACUCGUUGUUUUUUAGAGACUGAUUUUUCUUCUGUGAUAGCACCUUAGCUUAUUAAAACUGAACGCAUAUGGGGAUAGGAUUGCGUCGGGGAGCUGGAAGAGGGGAUGUAUUUUUUCUUAUUUUUUAAAGACUGGAACAAAUUUUGAGGUCCUAACUCCUUAAAACUGAUAAGAGGGAUCGCAGAAUUUUGUUUCCAAUUUGUUUUGCAUCGUUCAUCAUACCUAUUUGUGCUUUUUGUUUUCCAAUUAAUGCAGCUUAGAAAUAAAUUGGCUGUUUGCUCGUUCUGUUAAAACCAAUUUUGCUUUUCAGCUCUCUUGAAUUAGCAGUGUUAUUGACUGAAGUUGUAGGCCUGCAGAAAAAAAACCCUAAACCUCAUUGAACUCCUCUCUUCUUCCGUUAAAAGCAUUGGAUUGAGGUUUAAUUAAUUUAUAAAUAUUAUAUUCCCAAUCUCCUUUGGGCUUGAAAGUAGGUAACAAUCACUUAAAAUGACAGAAAAAAAUCAUAAAUUUGGUAUUCCAGAUAGCUGAAAUUAAGUCAGACAACAAUUUAUCCUUAGUUUUAUCUCCAGUGAUGUCCUUCCUAGUGUUGAGGGAUAUUUCAACGUGUAGUGAGUGAAUAAAAGGUCUGAAGGCAAUAAAUUCUGUCAUUGAACACCUAUCAUGGCUUCAAGAGGGUCAGAGUGCCCAUAAGGGCUGGAUUUGGGCUGGACCUUUCUGGACACACUGGGAUAAAACUGCCCUAGGGAAGGAUAAUUGAGUGGCUGCUGCCUCUCAUGCUCCUGAGAUUUGGGAAAAGAAUGCUCUUAUCCUUUCAAAAAGUGCUAUCCAAAAGGCCGCUAGAGGCACAAGCACAGUGUUUAAAGAGAGCAUCCACAUGGAGGGAACAGUCUCACAGGCCCUUCACUGAAAAAACCAUGAAGAGGUCCUAUUUGUCCUAGAGAAACUAAGUUCAGGACUUGGUGCUAAAAGCUCUCAGCAUGGGAUGGGGUCUAUCCAGAAGAUCAAGGUUUGUGUUUUCAUGGCAAGAAAGUGCUGGUGGAGCGUGGUGCUGUGGUUCAGCUUUGGCUGUUUGUCCCCACAACACCCUCAUGCAGCUGGCCCUGGGCUGACAGGGAGAGUAACUUGUUAGUAUCAUAAAAAGCAGACUGAAAAUAUUGUUAGAGGGCACUCAGAAUUUGUGUUCUGCAUGUUGCAUAGUCUAUAAAGAUGAUAAGCAAGUUGCUGACAGAAUAAUAUUUUAAGGCGAUGUACUACAUGCAGAUCAUAAAGAAUUUAGUUUUAGGGCUUAAGGCUAAAAUCCCACUCAUGCCAUUUAUUACUCAACAAUAUUCCAGUAAUGAGCUUUUUGAUUUUUUUUCCCUUACCACAAGGAUGAUUUGCUGAGGAACUCUCUAGAUUCUCUCCACACAUUUCCAAAUACUGUAUAAAACUGGGGUGAAAGCCCUUUUGCUUAAUAAGACCAAAAAAAAAAACCUUUCAAACACCACUGUGUCACAGAUUAGCACACAUCUGAGCAUGCUUCAAUAAAAACACAAAACAGUCUCACGUGGCUCUGAGCCAUAUGAAAUAAGGCCACGGGUUUGCAUCCACUCUGUGGGUCUUUUAUUCCUCAAUCCAGUGUAAAACCAGAAAUGGGGAUAAAUAUUCAGGGAGAGAGGGAAAAAAAAAAAAAAAAAAAAAAAAAAAAAAAACAAACAAAAAAACCACAAAAAAAACAUUACCACUUGUGUCUCCAAGAUUUUCAUGCUGCCAGUUUCUUGAGCCCUUCAAUAUUAAAUUUUCUGUGAAGCACCUUGAAUGUUUCUGGAUUAUAAAAAAAUGGAAAAAAUAAAUUUAAAAGAGGUGAAAAUAGUUGUCAACUACCCAAGUAUCUUACAGCAUAGCCCAUUUGGCAGAAAUGUUGUAGAAAAUGGAAUAUUCCAAUUGUGAAUAUUUGGGUAGCAUCUGGUGCAAUGGGUUGCCAGUUCAUCACGAGGACUCUGAGCAUUACAGUAAAUACACCAAAUAAACAGAAAUCGCUGUUCCAAACACAAGGAUUUCCCUAACCCUUAUUUUCACAGGCCUUGAUUCAGGACUGCACUUAAGCACAUCUAAGGAACAUCCUGAAGAGUUUAAUGAACAACCAAAAUAAUACAGGGAAAAGGGAAACAAAACAAAACAAAACAAAAAGGAAAAAAAUCUAAAAAAACAAAAUCAGGAUGGUUUUCUGAAUUGAAAAUAUAAACAUCUUGCCCUUGUAGUGCCUCUUCUUUCCAUAUCAUCCAAAAACUGGGGUGCAGCAGUUCUGAGAUAAUUAGAAGCACAUUUCAACAGAAAACACAUAUUGGAGAUCUCCUUAAGAUGCCUGCCUAGGUUGCGUAAAACACUACAUAGAAAAAAAAAGAAAAAGAAAAAAAAAAAAAACAUGAAAAGAGCUGCCAAUUGGACAACAUGGGGAAGCAGUUCAAUCCCAUGUUGGUUUGUUUUACUUUUCUUUUUCUUUAUUUUUUAAGCUAUUUCUUAAAUAAUAAAUGCACAUGAAGUGUUAAAUAUGUAUAUACUGUAUUUCAAAAAAAUUAAAAAAUCAAACAAAUGGGGCACAAGAUUGUUCUAUAAGUCGUGCUGGCUAAUUUUUAGUUUGUAUUCAUAAGUGGUUUUUAAAAGCCUUUUUUAAAGUGUAAUUUGCAUGUUCUACUUUGAUUGUAUGUAAACAUAUUUUAGAGCAAAAAAAUGUAUUUGUAUUUUAUUGAAUAUAGAGGCAAGAAAAAAACUUGUACAUUGUUUGAAAUGUUCUUUUUGUAACAGUUUUUAUUCAUGAAGCAUUUUUGUACAUUUAAAAAUGGAUAUGGACUUGAUGUUCUUUGAGGCUUAGAUACAUCUGGCAUGCUUUAAUGUCAUGCUCCUUCAUGAUCUUAGAUGUUGGUUUUUAAACAUUUUUUUCUAAAACAAAGCUCAGUCUUUUUGCUACCAAAUCAGGUUAGCACAGUAUAGAGCACUUAACUAAAAAAAAAAAAAGGAAAAAAAAAAAAGUUAAUCCUAUUCAUAUGUUAUUCAUUGUGUGAAAUUAAAGGAAUCCAAUUCAGUCUAA